UAUCUUCAUUCUAUCAAGAAUGGAUUUAAUUAAACACUAUCAUGAGGAUGAAAUGUCUGGAGCAGUUUUUCUUGAUACAUAUUUUUCAUCGAAAUCUGAAAAAUUACUUUAUGAAGAAUUGGUUAAAUUUCCUAUGGAACAAAUUCAUAAGGCACUGGAUAAAGGAUAUGUUAGUGGAGACACAUUAGCUGAACUCAGCGUUGGACCAACCCUUUUUCAUCUGUUCCUAUUCUGUGAUUGCUUUAAAGAUAUCACAGUGUUAGAACCAAAUGAAAGCUCUGUCAAGGAACUAAAAAAAUGGCUGUAUGAAGAUAAAGAUGCGUAUGACUGGUCUCAUGCAUCAACACAUCUUAUUGAGCUGGAAGGCAGCAGUGACGACUGCCAAAAAAAGGAAGAAAAGCUAAGAAAAAUAAUUAAACGCAUUCUAAAAUUUGAUCUUACAAAAGAAAACCCAACAUAUCCUGUUAUGUUAGAAAAAGUCGAUUGCCUGCUUUGUCUAGGUGGACUUGAUGUUAUCAGCAAAAGCAAAGAAGAGCUCACUGACAAUCUGAUAAAAAUCUCAUCUUUACUAAAAGUAGGAGGUUGCUUGAUAUAUUUCGGAUGUUGCAAUAUGUCUUAUUACAUGGUGGGUGAGCACAAGUUCAAUAAUGCUACAUAUGAUGAAGCGUUCUUAAGAAAGACCUUAGAAAAAAUCGGCUAUGUUAUUGAACAUGUUGACAUGAUAAAGAAAAAAGAGCAGCGGACCUAUAUCGAUUUUGAAUAUGUUGUGUGUGUCAUUGCUCUUAAAAACAGCGACUUUAAAAAAUAAAUACAAACUUAGAUGCCCAUACAGGUUUAGAUUAUGAAUGGAGAACACAAAAUAGAGCGUGACUGUGUGUAAAGAACAAGGCACAAAUUGAUAUUUUAAGUGGCUAGUUAAAUAAUUUAACCAAAGCAUCUUAAUGAGGCUGAAACCUAAAGUGCACACUAUACUUUUUAUUGAUAGCGUAGAGAGCACUAUUAGAUUGCUCACUGCACUCAAAUUACAAAUGGUUGGCUCAGUGUUUUAUUCGAGCAUAAUCCAAAAUAUCUCUGUAAAAUUUUGCAGGUUUUGAGACCUGAAGUAAACCACUUUCUAGUUUAUAUAACACACAUGGAAAUAAAGGUUUCAAGUUAUAUUUAGGCUUAACACUUAUGAAACAAAGGUUGAGUAAUAAAAAAAAGUGUCAGAUUUAAAGGGAUAUGGUAUAUGACAAGGGGACAGACUUGGGAAGAGGGUAUGUGUGCAUAAUGUAUCCAUGUGUAUGUAUAAUGUAGGCAUGUGUAUGUGUGUGAGUGUGUAUAUAUGUGUGUGUAUAUAUAUAUUGUGACAGACCCAUCUGUCAGUACUGAAGGAGUUAAAUUUGUUCAGCUUUAAGAAGCUAUUUUCUAACGACAAGGUUACUAGCCUCAGCUAUUGUGUACUGUCAUUAAAGUUAGUGAUAAACAUUCCAUUGUUUAAUCACCUCCAGAGAGCAGACGCCUAGGUGAUAAGAAAAGCCAAGUGUGUCUUGUGUUUAAAUUGUUAUCAGCUUAAGCAAGGUAAUUCUAUUGUAUCAUGUCAAAGGGCGUGUUCCCUCUAUCUAAUGUUCAACAUUCUUUCAACCACCCAUCUGGGGUCAGACCUGCAUAAAUACUGGGCAUAUGGCCCUUAAUAAAGUUCACUUUGUUUUACGUUUAA